AGGGGCAGCGGGAACAUGGCAUUGGCAAUUUGGCUGCUUUGGCACACCACCCAGUCUUGUCUAGGACGUGCCCGAGACAGGAUCUUUACCGCUCCACUGCACUCCCUCGCCCUCCUCCAGUCUCCCAUAGCGCUCCUGAAACUCCCCCGUAGAAGUCCCGUGAGUGACAGCAAGGCGCUUCCCCAGGCAGCCAUGGGUGUGUCGCCUCGCCUGGUGGUGGUGAUGGUGGCCGCGACCCUCCUGCCCCUCGCCGCCUCAGAACUCAUCGAACUCUCCUACACCUUCAACGACGACGCCCCAACCUCUCCCCGGCUGCGGCAGUUCAAGCAGGAGUUGGUGCGGAAGGGGCGGAACAAGAUCAAUUUGUGGGUCGAGCUGUACGACAUCUGCACCUCGGAGCACGCCGGCACGCACAUCGACGCCCCUCGACACAACAGCGAGAAUGGGUGGACUCUGGAGGCUAUUCCCACCAGCAGGCUGUGGAGGAUACCAGCCGUGGUGGUGGACGUCUCCAAGACCAUCAAGGAGAAGCGACUCAAGAACUACGAGGUGAACCAGAAGGACUUGAUGGACUGGGAAGCGCAGCACGGAGUCAUCCCCGACGGCGCGCUGGUCUUCAUCCACACAGGCUGGGGCAAGAUGGUCAGGAACUACUGGAGCUACGCUGGCCUCGACCAGAACAACAAUCUCAACUUUCCUGGUAUCGGCAAGGGUGGUGCGGAGUGGCUGGCGAAUCACGGUAAGAACAACAGCCACACUAUUGGUAUUGUGGGCGUUGGGAUCGACACCCUCUCCCUGGACAAAGGACAGUCUGUACGCAUGCCAGCCCAUGCCGCCCUCUUCGCCGGCAACAUCUACGGCCUGGAGAACGUGGCUAACCUGGACAAGCUGCCGACUGUCGGGUCUUACGUGACUGUGAUGCCCUUGAGGAUUAAGGGAGGCACCGGUGCUCCAGCCCGCAUCAUUGCCGAGGUUGGGCAAGGAUCCUCAGCCCUCGCCUCAACCCUCCGGCCCUUGCUCACCGGCCUGCUGCUGCCUUUCAUCCUCGCUCUUCGCUUUCUUCAGGACGCAUAGGCUGUCGAACAGAAGGUCGUCCCAACCGUAACGUACACAUGCACGAGGGAUGCUGUGAGGCGCUGGCGUGCUUGGUGGUCACGUCUGAGGUGCGGCACAGGACAAUGUGAUAAGAGAGAGACAGAGACAGAAAAGUAUUGGACGCAGAGAUUGACGCACCAUAUGAAGCAGUGAUUAUAAAUUAUUCAAGACCAGUAGUCACUUUUCGAUUAUUACAACCAAAGAGACUCAAAUGUACGAGUCAGAUGAUAGUGAAGAAAAUGUUGUUGAACGCAGCACCUCCCCAGCCCAGCCACAAAAUCAUAUGUACAAAAAAACAGCCAAGCUUUGAGUCCAUAAGGACCACUGAAGUAUUCCCCUGAGCAUUCCUCCUCAUAAUGCAGGCAGGAGCUCAGGUCCCUCCCUCUAGCACCGUGACAGCAGUAAACCUGCAUUGUGUACCUCCCAUUGUGGCAUUAGAUAUCACUAGCUUGUCUGUCCUUUUACUCAGAUGUGGAUGAAUGACGAUAGACCCAUUGACUGUGUAUGAAUUUCCUUCAUCUGCCAUUAGGAACACAGUCUUAUAAUUUUAUGGGAUUUCUUCUUAUUCUUCUUUCGGCUGCUCCCGUUAAGAGUCGCCACAGUAGAUCGACCUCCUAUAAUGGACUCGAUUUUCUGCACCUUCCUCAGUCAUACUGAUUCAUUGCAAGCAUGUCUUCUUUCAUUACAUCCAUAAUCCUUCUCUUAGGCCUUCCUUAAUUUUUCCUGCCUGGUAGAUCCAUCUCCAGCAUCCUCCUCCCUCGUCUCUCCUCUUGACAUUCCCAAACAACCUCAGUCUCGCCUCUCUAGCUUUGUCCUCAAACCAACGUACAUGUAUUGUGCCUUUACCUGAUAUAGACAGAGGCUGAGUGGCGCACCAGACUUGACAAAAUGCUGGUCUUAAGAUGCGUGUAAAGUGGCAAGUAUCGUCGUAGAGUUUGCAGGUAAUAAAGACAUCACUGAUUUAA